AUGGCACGGGCCUUCGGAGGCUACUGGUGUGUCCUCACUGCCGUCUGCACUUUGAUGUGGGGAGUCUACUUUAUAUACGACCUCCCAGCCUCACUAUCAACCCCGUUACAAGCACAUCUAGGCCUUUCCGACUCGAAAUAUGCCUACCUCGUAUCUGCGCUGUAUACCGCAUACGCGACCCCGAAUACAAUUCUCCCCUUCUUCUGCGGGCCCCUAGUGCAACGCUUUGGCGAGAAAUUCGCCCUCCUGCUAACGCUCACCAGCGUGGUCUUUGGGCAGCUAGUAUUUGCGCUCUCCGUCCAGACCCAGUUUCAGCCCGGGAUGAUCUUGGGCCGGACCUUGUUCGGACUUGGAGGUGAGGUUAUGGGAGUAUUGGGAUCCGAGAUUACCACGCGAUGGUUCAGAGAUAAGUGCCUCUCACUGGCACUGGCGAUGAACCUCGCAUCGUGGAGGUUAGGCAGCGUUACCAAUUCGAUUCUCAUUCCGCGGCUGGCCAAAGCCCAUGGUGUAGUCGCUGCGGGCUGGAUGGGUACUGGAUUCUCGCUUGGGGUCUCUAUUCUGAGUGCGCUUUAUCUGAUAUCUAUCGAUGACUCUACAGGUGGGAAACGCACAGGUACAGAAGAGUCAAAUGAUGAAGAAGAGGAAACAGGAAUGAAUGUCAACCUCCUUGUCUCUCUCGCCCAAUGCCCCCGAAUUUUCUGGCAGCUAGGACUCCUUUGCAUGCUGGGAUACGGCAGCAUCAAUACGUUUACGAACUCGGCCCAGCGAUUUCUUGCAUUUACGUUCUAUGGUGGUGAUCAGCGCGCUGCUGGCUCAGCAACGAGGUAA